UUUUCUUUCCGUAAAAACGUUCACUAUCGUCAGAGUUGAGGAUCUAAACAAAAAGUUAAUAUAUUAUGACUGAACAGUUGGGAGCAAAAAUGCCUGAAGAAUGUUCUGAAUUUAGUAAAUAUUUUGAGAUUGUUAAAGAAAAUCCAAAGGAUUGGGACACCUGGGUUUACCUUUUAACUCUUGUAGAGCAACAAGGCACUAUAGAUCUCAUACGCCGAACAUUUGAUUUUUUCUUGGCAAGUUAUCCUUUUUGUUUCGGUUAUUGGAAGAAGUAUGCUGAUGCGGAACUCGCUCAUUCUUCCCCGGAAACCUGUAUCCAGGUCUUUGAAAGAGGCGUCCAAGCUAUCCCUUUAAGCUUGGAUCUAUGGGUUCAUUAUUUGACGUUUUACAAGUCUUAUUCGGAAGCCACUCAGGAGUCCAUCAAAGACCUUUUUGACCGCGCUGUACUUACGUGCGGCCUGGACUGGAAGGCGCAGGCUCUCUGGGAUCUGUACAUUUCUUGGGAAGAAUUCAUGGGGCACUACGUCAAGGUUUUCAGCCUCUACAAGAGAGUGAUGGUUUUGCCUCUGGAAGGCCACAUUUCCUACCCUCCCCGUUUUUAUAAGUUCUUUGAGAAGCACGAGUUGGAAGAUCUUCUGAGCGAAGCAGAGCUAAACAACUUGAAAGAAAGUCUCUCUUCUGAGCUCGAAAAUAAAACGCCCGAUGAAGUAAAAGCGAUAUUAAAAGAGAGCCUGAAAGAGCGCUGCCAGGAAGAUAUCCUUCAAGGCAAGAAGGAGACUGAUCUCCGCUACCCGUAUGAGGAGAGCCUCAAGCGGACUUACUUCCACGUGAAAGCCCUGGACGAAGGGCAGAUCCGCGCUUGGAUGGACUAUAUUAACUUUGAGAAGGAGCAGAGCGGCGAGCAUUCGGUGCGCUUGAACGUCCUUUUCGAGCGCUGCGUGAUUGCGUGCGCUUUGUACGAGGACGUCUGGUUCAAGUACGCGUGGCACUGCAGAGACGAUAAGGAAAAAUCGCUGAGGAUACUAAAGAAGGCCGCGGAGAUCCACCUGCCUAGACGGCCCGCCGUUUCUCUGGCCCUCGCAGCCUUUCACGAGGGUAAGAACGACUUAAGUAGUACGAGGUCUGUCUACGAAAGUAUUCUGAAGCAAGUCCCUGUGCACGUGGAGACUCUCAUUCGUUUUGCCAACUUUGAAAAACGGCGAGGGAACUACGGCGCUGCUGUUUCUCUUUUGGAAACUGCCAUUGCUAGCAUGAACCCCGAAUCGGACGAAUGUCUUUUCCUUAAAGUUUUUCUGUGUGAUCUGUUUGUGUUGAGUGAUGGAGCUCCUAAAGGGAGAGAAAUGUACGAGUCUUUGGUAGAAAAAUACGACGAUAAUGAGUUUUUGUUUCUCCGAUUUCUUGAUUUUGAGUUGAAUCUGCAUCCCAAAGAUGCGAACUACAUCCAAAACGUUCGUAAUGUUUUUCAACUGGCGCUAAAAUCCAAGCUCUCCUCAAAAUUUAAAAGGGAGUUUGCUCACCGUGAACUUCACUUUUUGGAUCAGUAUUCUGAAGAUUUUACUAAUUUUUAUGAAGUUGAGCAGUAUUACCGCGAACAGUUUUUUUAUGAAGGUUUUUCCUUGAGGAGUCAUGACGAGGCUCUGUUUGCCCAGCCAGACGGCUCCUCCACGAAAAGACCGCACUACGAGGGCCAACCCCUGCAACAACCGUCUUUGUCCAAUCCGCAGGAGCCACCGAAGCAGCUUAUGCACCAGCAGCCAGCCCCCAUGGCUUGGGAUCCGUACAUGCAACUGCCCCCUUCUCAGUUUGCGGGUGGCACGUGGCCGCAGACUUCGCUGUCUCCGUGGGGCUCCACCUUGUGAAUUGCA